AUGUUCUCCACUCUCGGCUUAUUCCAAACACUCCCGUGUCCCGAGAAAGAACACUGCGCACGACCCAACUGCCUCUUCAGCCAUCGUCCUGACCUCAUUCAGUUCCCGGUCACUCCGGUUCCAGUCGAUGUGCCAAGAGUGUCCUCAUCUACUACUCAUGGAUCUAGGCUUUCCGCACCUGAGCCCACUGCUGGAUCCUCUACAUCUAUCCCUGCGAAGCGUUCCAUUAGCUCCCCAUUGCGUGCAGCUGGGGUCAGCAAUGUAAUUCCAUCCAGCGAACCUCCGACAAAGUUCCAGCGUACAGGAACUCCAAGGCGGCCUGUAGCGGUGCCUACGGGAGUACAGUCGUCUUCGACAGGUGUGCCUGUGCUCAAAGUGCCUCCCGCGCAAUCGCAAGUUGCACUACCUGUCCGCCAGGCCAUGUUGAAGUCGCUGUACGAUCACUUCGUUGUGCUUUACGAAAAGAUCCUCCCCGCCAACCCUACCCUUGCCUCCGAGCACGCGCUCAAGCAAGAACAAGAAGUUUAUGCGAAGUCCAACAAGCUAACAUAUCGUAAUGCAGUGAUAUCAUCCAUAGCAGCUCUUAAGAAGCGGUCCAAACCCGAUACAUCUUCUCAUGCGUCUGUGGGCACCGAAGCCGAGGUGCAGGCUCGAGAAGAGAUGCGCAAAAGGAUGGAGUCACUGCGUCUGACAGUCUCUCAGCUCGCUCCAUAUGUCAUGACUCUGGACGAUCUUAAGACGUGGGGCUAUAUGGUCGACAUCCCACCUGGGCCAGGAGGCGACCAACCACACGAAGAGGGCUCCAUUAAAACCUGCGAACGAUGUCAAGAGAAGUUCGUGGUCAAGAGACGCGAACAAGCAGACCAGUGUAGGUUCCACUGGGGAAAGGCCUUCUCCUCUAGGAUGAAUGGGGAGAAACGGCGUGUAUACACGUGCUGCUCAAAGACGGCAGACGAGGAUGGUUGUGAAGUUGGCCCCCAUGUCUUCUAUGAGUCCGAUCCGGAAACCCUGCACAGGCGACAUGCUUUCAUUCACAGCCGUGCCCCUCUUGAUUCUGGCGACACUGCUCUGGACAUAGUGGCUCUAGACUGCGAGAUGAUCUACACGACGGGGGGGAUGCGGGUGGCCCGGGUUUCCGUGGUGGACGGAAGUGGAAAAGAAGUCCUCGACGAGCUUGUCCGCAUGGAUGAGGGUGUGGAAGUCAUAGACUUCAACACCCGCUUCUCCGGGAUAACUGCGGAAAAUUAUGCUACCGCAUCGCUACCCCUUCAAUCUAUCCGCAAGUCUCUUGACAAGAUCAUCAACUCGCAGACCAUCAUCAUUGGACACGCGUUGGACAAUGACUUGAAGACGUUGCGCAUGAUCCACCAUCGCUGCGUCGAUACCGUAGUGCUCUUCCCGCAUACAGCAGGUCCUCCGUACCGAAGAGCCCUGAGGGCACUAGCCAAGGAGUUCCUUGGUCAGACCAUACAAGCCGCCGGCGCGGCCGGACACAGCUCUGUUGAAGACUCAAUUGCGACCCUUGACCUCGUCAGAUGGCACGUCUUGAACGGACCCAGACCAAGGCCGAAGGUGGAUCCUCGCCCGGCUCAAAUGGCUUCGGACCCUUCUGCAUCAUAG